UUUAGAUCAUUCUCAUUUCAAAAAGUACCCUAUAUGAUUACAGUGUGGCCAGAGCCACGGAAUUUGUUUACAUUGAUUUCAAAAUAGCAAGGACUAAAAAGCGCAUUUUGAAAGAUUUUUGUAAUUUAUUUAUUUAAAAAGCAAUUAUUUUUAUAAUAUUAUAAAAUAUUAUUAAUUAAAAAAUGAAUCUCACAGCCAAUAAAGGCAGACUUAUUAUAAUUGCUUUAGCUGUAUGCGGAAUUGUAUCGCUAGUUGUUGGUGGAGUUGGGUUUGCAUUUUUCGACGACAUUGUUCGAUUCUUUAUGAAAAAGGAAUUAACUUUAACACCAGGAAAUGAGUUCUUUGACAUUUGGAAAGAGCUUCCCAUACCUGUUUAUCAGAAAAUUUACAUUUUCAAUAUCACAAAUCCACAUGAGUAUUCUAUGGAAGGCGCUAAACCAAUCUUGAAAGAGCUUGGCCCUUAUGUUUUCCGUGGCCGAUGGAUGAAAGAAGAUAUGGAGUGGGAUGAGAGCGAUGGUACGGUAACAUACAAAGAUAUCAAAGAAUAUACUUUCGUACCUGAAAUGUCUUCAGGAGAUCAAGAGGAGAUGAUAUAUACUCUAAAUGGACCACUGUUGGCUGUCAUCAAUUACGUCGAAGAUUAUGCACCGUUCUACUUCCGUUCUUUCGUCGCUGAAAUAAUGAAUGGCAUAUUCGAAAGCUAUAAUGAAACUCUGCUAAUUCAUCGAACGGUCCGAGAACUGGUUUAUGAAGGCUAUUACGAGCCGAUGGUUGCUGACCUUAUAAAAGUCGUCGAGGGUACCCUUGAUAUUCCUCUGAAGCUUGUCAAUAACACAUUCGGCAUUUUACACGAGAGGAAACACCUUGGUGAUGGUGUAUUCAAAAUCAAAUCCGGAGCUAAUGGGAUCGAGGAUUAUGCUGCUAUUCAGGCAUGGAAUAAUAAAAGUGUCGUCGAUUGGUGGGAUGGCGAAGAAUGCAAUAAAAUUCAAGGAACGGACGGUGUACAGUAUGCUCCAGGAGUUACACAAGAAAGUCUUCUUCGUUUAUUUAACCCGAAUUUAUGCAGAUCCAUACCUCUGGAAUACGAAAGGGACGUCACCGUCCAUGGUAUCAAGACUCUUAGAUUUGGAAUGCCGUCCAAUACGUUCGCUACAAGUGACUUAAAUCCUGCUAAUGAAUGUUAUUGCCAAGGAAGUCACUGCCGAUCGGGUAUUUUGCCAAUGAACUGCAAAAAAGGUGCUCCAUACGUCAUAUCAAUGCCUCAUUUCUUAGAGGGAGAUGAGUCACUUCAGACUGCUGUAGAAGGUAUCAAUCCGUCACCAGAGAAGCAUAAGACAUUCGUUGAUGUUGAACCAAUUACAGGGUUUGUCCUCAAUGCUGCUUUCCGUGUUCAGUUGAAUGGAGUAGCAAGAAGGCUUCCCGAAUUUGACCCAGUUAUUCAUGUCAGCGACAGCAUUGUUCCUGUGUUAUGGAUGAGCGAGGAAGCACAGCUAGACAUUCCUUUUGCCAAAUAUUUUAAGUCUCGAGUGCAGAAUCCAAUCUUGGUGUUCAAAGUUCUGUGUCUGAUAGCUAUUGCCGUGGGUGGCAUUUGGGCCAUUUCAUCAUUGGUUGUCUUCAUGUGCAACAGAGCAAAGGUCAAGCCCGAAACUCUGAAGGGAUCUUUAACGUUGAAAACACUAAACUCUGUAUAUACAAGUGUUGCCUUAUGGCCACCCCCUGAAGAUGAGCUUAAGAAUAGCCAGACUCCUGAAAAUGGAACAAAUGCUGAAAAGACUCAUUUGUAAGGUAGCCAAAUAUCCUAUAUCCUUCUUUUCCGCAUUUCACCAAAGAUCAUCUAAUGGAAAAAAGAGGCUUCUGUAAGAAUCAAAGUUGCACAUGUUAAACCUUCACCCAUCCAUCAUUUUAUAUGUAAAAAUUUGAAGAACCAUUUUCAUUUAAAUCCCGCUUUCAAAUCCUAUGGAUUCGUGUUAUUCCGUCCUGCUAUACCCAAAUCAUUAGAGAAACUUUGCAUUUCUAUCUGAAUGUUUUCGAACAAACUGGUAAAUUAUCCACUUUCCAACCAUUCAGAUCUACAAAAAGAUUGCAUUUUCAUAUAUGACUUUUUCAGCACAAUACAUUUGUGCAUCCUGUUAUUUUAGUGCCUAGUCUAUUGACACUAAAUACGAUUUCGGAAUAUUUAUAAAAGUAAUGUAUUUUGUAUGAAUGUUUUUUGUUUGUAUUUUUUAUUUCAAGAAUUGCGGAAAUCUCACGGAAAGAAUUUUGAAACACUACGCCAUAUUUUGACGUAGUCAUCAUAAAUGUUUUGAAACGCUACGCCAUAUUUUGACGGAGUUAUCAUAAAUGUUUUGAAACGCUACGCCAUAUUUUGACGUAGUCAUCAUAAAUGUUUUGAAACGCUACGCCAUAUUUUGACGUAAUCAUAAUAAAUGUAUUGAAACGCUACACCACAUUUUGGCGUAGUCAUCCUAAAUGUUUAAUUCAUUUUUUUUAAAUUUUGUAGACAAUUUGAAAAUUAUAUAGUUUGGUGUAAAUACACGGGGAGAUGUGUAAUAUUGAUUUGAUAUCAACGUUUUUACAUCAACAUUUUUAUAUGUGACGUUUAUUCCUUUUGCCUAUGGAACAAAACUAGUUUUGUGAAGCUUUUUAAUUACAUUCAUGGACUUUGAAUAAUUUUAAACGAAUUAUGCUGCAGUUGGUAAAACAGAAACUGGAUGUUUUUUGAAACUAUGUAAAUAUUCAUCACCAUGUUGAGGUUUCCUGCUUAUAUUUUAGUGUCAUUUGAAAUCAAAAGAAUCUUAUAAGUGAUAUUUGUCUUUAAUGUUCCAGUCAUAAAGCUAUUAUUCUCAUCACAAUCAAGCUUUACACAUAAUCAUAUAGGAAUAACUUCCUAGUACAGAGUUAUAGUGGCACUGUUAUGUGCUCGUUUCAUAGUUCACUACUUGUUCUGUGAUUUUACUUUUUUGUGGAAAAUAUCUUUUAAUAACUUACUAACGCGCGAAAAGAUAAGUGUUGUGUCUGCAAUUCAGUGUUUUUGUAAUGUUUUUUGUACCUUGUGUUUGUAUGCAUCGUAUUUUGUAUUUUGUUAUUUAUAAGUUAAAAUUUCAGUCUACCAAUGAUAAGAACAAGAACCAAGGAACUUAUGAAACUUUCAUUUCUAUAUAUUUAUCUUGUGAAUAGUUUUUAACACUUCAUAAUAUUCCCUUUUUACACUUAAGUUGCUGAGUGUACAUCUUUUUUCAUGAAUGAAGAUAAUGUUUACCUGUAUGUUAUCCAAUUUGUAAUUAUUCUAUAUUAAUAGAUCCACACCUUAGUCUAUAUCAAUCCAUUUUCAAAUGUAUCUAGACAUAUAAAAGAGCUUAAAUGAAAAAUAUAAAACAGUUUUAACUUAAUUACUAAAUGUAUAUAUGGCCUUUUUGUACUUGUAUUUUUAAAGUUGCUUAAAUCGACCUUCCAAUGUCAUAAUGAGUAUCUAUUUUAUUUAUGUUGACUUUGUCGUUGGUGGAAUUAAAAUGUCUUUAUAUUUAUCAAUUUUAAAUUGAAAUCAAAAUAUUGCUUUCUUUAUUGUGCCUUACAUUAUUCACAUUUGAAUACGACAGUUUAUUUUUGAUGUAUUUAUUUUUCAGUAAAUUUUUGUAUA